CGCGCCGACUGGCUCGCUCGCUCGCCCGCCCGCCCGCAGCCGGUUGAGAUUAGUUCCGCUCCCUUACCUGGCCGUCGCCCGGGGGUUCCGCGGAGCCAUUGGUAGCCUAGCGUGGGAGCGGCGCGGAGCGGCUCGGAGGCAAGCAAUUAAAAAGAAAUAAAAAACCAAAGGCCAACUGGGAGGAAGGAAAGGAAAUGUUCCUAUUGUUUGAGAUAGGCUGAGUCAGACCCAUUGCGUCAUCUCUCUGGUUCCUGCUGCCCCUCCGAGAUGCAGCGGUUGAGUUCUGGACUUUGCCCCCUCAUCCAGAAGGUAGCAUAGGAUUGCCCUGGUUGUGGAUACGGCUUUGAAAAGCAGAGUUCCUCAGCAUCAGGGACCUGCAGCUUCCAAGAAGUUCUUAAAUCCAGUUGGAGACUCCACGGUUUUCCCCUCCAACCACGGCGGAAUCGGUCAAGCCCACCCUCUGUCGUGUGGUCAUCUAUUUGCAGAAGGAGAUGUCUGGCGACACCUGCUUAACCACCAUCUGCCCUGCUUCGGGAGCGAAGCCAAAGAGCUGCAGUUCGAAAGUCGGCACCCUUGGCAAUAAGUACGUGCGACUCAAUGUCGGGGGCUCCUUGUAUUACACCACUGUGCAGGUGCUGACACGCCAUGACACCAUGCUGAAGGCCAUGUUCAGUGGAAGAAUGGAGGUGCUCUCCGACAAGGAAGGCUGGAUCCUGAUCGAUCGUUGUGGAAAGCAUUUUGGAACCAUCUUAAAUUAUCUCCGGGACAAUACGGUCAUUCUACCCAAGAACCGGCAGGAGAUCAAGGAGCUGAUGGCCGAAGCCAGAUAUUACCUCAUCCAGGGCUUGGUGGACCUCUGUCAAGCUGCCUUGCAGGACAAGAAAGAGACCUACCAUCCUAUCUGCAAUAUUCCUGUCAUCACAUCUCCCAAAGAAGAAGAGAGACUCAUUGAGUCAGCCAUGAAGCCGGUGGUGAAGCUUCUUUAUAACCGAAGCAACAACAAAUACUCGUACACAAGCAACUCCGAUGACAAUCUCCUGAAGAACAUUGAACUCUUUGACAAGCUCUCGCUCCGCUUCAACGGGAGGGUCCUUUUCAUCAAGGACGUCAUCGGGGACGAGAUCUGCUGCUGGAGUUUCUUCGGGCAGGGGCGGAAGCUGGCCGAGGUCUGCUGCACCUCCAUCGUUUAUGCCACGGAAAAGAAGCAAACGAAGGUCGAAUUCCCCGAGGCCCGCAUCUAUGAGGAAACGCUGAACAUCCUGUUAUAUGAGACCCCCCGGGUGCCCGACAAUUCCCUGUUGGAGGCCACGAGCCAGAUUCGGAGCCAGGCACCCCGGGGGGAAGAGGAGGAUGGCAACUUCGAGCUGCGCGACCGAGUCCGGCGCAUUCAUGUCAAACGAUACAGCACCUACGAUGACCGGCAGAUAGGCCACUAGGGCCCCAGGGGGGCACCCAGAGCCCCUCCUUCCACAUCGGGGGGUCAUGUGGCUUCGACACUGGGGUCCCCUCAUGUGCCCAAGUCUUCCUGGGGGGGCAACCUAGAUUUCAGCUAAGCCGCGAUAUAGUUUGUGAAACUUUGUUCUCUGGUGCCGAGUUACAGCUGGGUGAAACCUUGUGGGUCUGAAGCCAUCCCUUGGACGUUUUGUGUGGAAUUUGACGGGGUCCUUUUCUGCCUUGAGACUCUUCCAGAAGAACUCUGUGCUUAAAAACAAAAAUCCAGAUGCUGAGACCAAAGAAUCAGUCUUAAACACUACGUUGCAAUGAUGAAACACUACCGUUUUGCACCCCUGGUCCCCUUCCUUGGGAAAGACCUGGUUGGCCAUGACUGUUUUUCCUCCUCUAGCAGAAUGUGAUUUUUUAAAACAAUUUGCCGUAAUCAAGAACUUCUGAUGCUCCCUCGGCUAGAAUCCUUGGGGCUCGAUGAUGCUGGGGAAUAACUGGAAAUCAACUUCAUCCUGGUUCCUGGGAAAACUCUGUCCUAUUUCCUGAUUCUUACUGACGCGUCUGCAGAGAAAUUUGAAGGGGAGGGAUGUACCAGGUGCGUCCUGUAUUGCAAACAGCUUUGGAUCUUGCAGAUCAUUGGUGUCUGGCUGCUGUUGGAAACCUUUUUUUGGGGGGGGUGGAUUGCGAAGGAGGAACAAAGCAAAAGCAGCAGGAUCAAAUUUUCUGAGAUCUGUGGACAGACGUGCUUUGCUCAUUCAGUGAUAGAUAACCUGGCCUGGAUAAUCUGGAAUUUGAUGAUUCUUCUAGAACUUUUUUUUUUAAAUCCCCCUUUUGGAUCCCACAGUCUAGUUUGUGGAGAAGGAUGGGUGGAUGGUCUAAAAUUGCUUUCCCCAACCUGUUGCCCACAAAAUAAAGUUGGGCAAGUUUUCAUUAGCUACCUACAGGGCACUAGGAGUGGGCCAGGCAGCUCCUUGAUGCAUCCUUGGCGAAUGUUCUCCCCCUAGUGUUGACCUCUAUGAAAGUGCUGAUGCAUUUAAAAUUAAGGAGCUUGGUGUAUUCGGUCCCAGGGUUUCUCAAUCUUGGCAACUGUAAGAUAGGUGGACUUCAACUCCCAGAAUUCCCCAGCCAGCAUGCUAGCUGGGGAGUUCUGGGAGUUGACGUCCUUGUAUCUUACAGUUGCUAAGUUUGACAAACACUGCCCUAGGCCUUAGACCGUUCUUCCGAACUGGGUGCCCGCUGCAGUGUGGAUUACAACUCCCAUGGUUCCUAGUCAUUACACCAUGCUGGCUAGGAAUUGUAGUCACAGAGAUGGGGGAAACUGCCAAUUGCAUAAAGUCAACCUUUACAAACAGUUCUGGAAGGAUGAGUAUAAAACUGUGUUACCCUCAGAUUUAGGAAAGGCUGUCAAGAUUUUUUUCUAGUAUGUCCAGAACUGGGACAUAAACUUUGGCUGGCCAGAUAUAGAUCAGUGACUUCUGCCACUCCCGGGGGCAAAGUGUAUGGUGACAUACAUCACAGUAAUAAAAAAGUAUGAACUUCUAAGCGGAACUUCCCUAUUCAGGAGGUCUCAAGAGCAUCAGAUACCAGUAAGGGGAAGGAUAUAUCCCCUGUAGUUCCUUUUUGGAGGUCCAGUGAAGACAUAUUCCUGCUUUAAAAAGAUUUGUGGUCUCUCCUAGCUAGACUUCUGUAUUUGCCAGAUUGAGGAAAAGCCAGUAAUAUAAAAUGGGGUGCUUCUGUGUUCCUAAAAAGAUCAGAAAGGGACAGUGUAGAGGACUGUUUGAAAGGAAGCGCAGUUAAUAACACCGGCCACAACUGAGUAAGGUCCUCUCUUUCAUGAGACUAGAUCUCAUUGAGAUAGUCAAUCUUUGGGUACUGAGAAAGCAUCCAUGACUGGAAUAUUCAAAGCAUAAAUAGCCACAGCAGGUUGAAACCUAGCCCUUCAUCCAAACAACUUUCCCCCAUGAUUUUCUAACUUUCAGCUCCAUCUGGCCUGCCCCAGCGGUCUCAGCUGGACACAACCUUGUUUCACGUCCCUGAAGUCUUUCUGCUGAAGACAGAGGGCAAACAUUUUCCUUGCUGCGGUUCAGGUUAGUGGCCACGUGGGAUUGAAAUGCUGUCACAUUUUUAAAACGUGCAGUAAGGUUUUGUGCCUAAAAUGCUAUAUCAGUGCAGGCGCAAUAGCCAAGGCUUGUCAGUUAAAGCCACUCCAAGCGCUGUGUCUUGGUGGGUCAUUGACCGGACAGCCCCAGCCUUUCUGCAAACGUUUCUGGAAAAACAGCCUGAAGGUAGUUCCGCUUUUAGGGUGGCAAGAGUUGUAAAAGCAGGUUUUUCUUUUAGGCGAAACCAAAAAAAGCUUGAGACGGAAACUGGCGGAUUAAUUCAUGCAGGUUCCAAAGUCAGGAGGGCAUCAAGCCUUGCACGUUGCUCCGAUGGCAUUUCCUGGAAUGUAACUUUGUGUCAAAAUCAUGACAUGCAGAUUGAUGGGGGAAAUGGAAGGGGGGGGGAAUCCCAAAGGCACAUGUUACUGAUUUCUAUGGCCAUUUAGGUGUGUGUAUCCCCUUGCUUUAGCACUGGCCCAUAGCACUGGCCGGUGCUCUCCUUGAGAUCCAGGAAGCCUUUCAGAUUCAGCUGGGACUCCAGCUUUGAGGAGCCUCAGCCAGCGGGAUCCGUGGCGAGCUGCGCUGCAUGUGAACGUGCAGCCUCCUUUGGAGAGCUCCAGAUGUGCCAUCUCUGCUUGGAAUAACGGAAAGUCCCAGGAGCAGAUGGUACCGAAAAAAACAUCCAUAAGGCAAAUACGGUUCCAGAUGAUUCAAGUCGAAAGCAAGUGAUGCUAAUUGCCAACAUUGCGUAGGGGGUGGUGGGGAAGAAGGUUGGGCAUGCAGAUAAGCUAAGUAGUACAUAGGGCAGCGGGGUAGAGAAGUGCUGUGGGAAAAUCCACUUUUUAUGUGGUGACAGAGGAAGGUUGCAUUGGGAAAAACAGGAAGAAGGUUCAGGGGCAGGUCGAUACGCUGGCGACUGAGACAAGGGCCCCUUUAUUCAAAAGCUUUUGAGUUGGGGGGUUUGCUCGUGACAAUCCCUGGUGCUGCAGAAGACCAGCUUCUUCAGGUCUUCCUUUCACCUUUAAGCCUCUUUCUGGAUGUUAGGCCCCAAAAUAUAAAUUGGGGGAACGUGUUUCCAGAUGCUGGAGUAGAUUUUCAGUGAAUGAAAGGCUUUGCGUAGGAUAAGGAGUUGGCUAUGUUAAAGCUAGACGCUCUGAGUGCUGUGAGCUUUGCAUUUUGGAAAUUGGAUUGUGAUUUCUCUCUGUACCUAGCACUGAACAAAUAAAAUGACAUUUUGGGCUGAGCA